CUGGCCUAGCACACAAAGAGACAUUGGCGUUGCUCACAGAAAAACAUUCAAAUUCACUGGAAGACAAAAGUUAUAGGCACACUCUGGCAUUUUGGCUGUGGACUCAUUAUGGAUGAACACCAUCUGACAAUAUGUAUUGGAGGCAGUAAGCGGUCCAGUUUGACAUUCAGCGAUCAAGUUGGUGAUGAAAAUCCUGCGAAGAAACCUAAGGCAGACAACCAGUCCAAGGAGGAACCAACACUGAAGGCUACUACAGAGAACCAGCAACUGGCACAGUCUGUAUCAGACAACCAGCCCGAGACUACAGCGACACCAAAAAAUGCUGCAGCCAAUAAGCUCAAGACAGCAGCCAACAAGUUCAAGAAAGCAGAAGCGCUGGCGACUGCAGCAGCCAAUGAGCUCAAGAAGGCAGAAGCAUUGGAGACGGCAGCAGCCAACAAGCACAAAGACGCAGCAACACCGAUGACCGUAGCAGCCAAAACGAUUCAGGAAGCCGUAGCAUUGAUGACAGCAGCAGCCAGCAAGCUGAAGGAGGCCGCUGCACUGAAGACUACAGGAGUCAACAAGCCCAAGGAGGAAACAGACAGCGAGUGCGAAGAUGAAGGACCAAAGGCUGCAACGCCGGACAAUAAUAUCAAAAACGCAAGAACACUACAGGCUGCAGUAGACAAGAGAGCAAAAACACUGGAGGCAGCAGCAGACAAAGAUCUCAAUAAAGCAAAAGCUCUACAGACGACAGCCGACAAACAGCUCAAGAAAGCAAAGGAUCUGGAGAAUGCAGCUGAGAAAGAGUUGAAGAAAGCUAAAGAGUUGGCGACUACAGCAGCCAAGAAUCGCAAGGAGGCAGCAGCACUGAAGACUGCAGCAUCCAACGAGGCAGCGGCGCUGAAGAAGGCAGCAGCCAAAGAGCUCAAGAAAGCUGAGGCACUGAAGGCUGCAGCCCAAAGGCUCCAGAAGGCAACAUCUUUUGAUGGUAGCAGUCAAAAAAACACCAGUGGAACAUUCUAUUAGUUUUUCACUACCGUAGUGCUAUGCUACUUCAAUAUUACACAGAGUCUAUAGAAAUGCCAUUCUGCUAACAGCAAAUUUAUAACAAGGACCACAUCUUAAUAGUUUAGUCUUAAAAAAAAUCUAAAAAAGGAAAUUGCAAGGGGGUAAACUGUUCCUAUUGUUGUAGCCUCUUACUGCAGAUGGGGUCGCCGGCGGGCCUAUUCACUAUUUGCUGAAAAUACUAAACUACAUCAUGACAACAUUUCUAUGAUGACAGUACCAAGAGCCUUAAGUAACAGAUUAUGACAUAGCCAUUACAAUUUUGGUGACAGUAAAGUUAUAACAUU